AUGAAACGUUCCUUCUUUGUUAAUAGCUCCCAGAAACCCACUACUUCUCAGCACGUGGGCAACCCUUCCGACAAUCACCAAGGGCCGACGCCCACAGAUGGCCAGCCCAAGAAAAGUCAAGGUCUACCAUUAACCCAAGGACCUAAACACAAGAAGUCGUCAAGGCCAAUCGCUGGAGGAACAGGAAUCGGGCCGAGCCCUGCUCACUCCCAUGGCCCUCAAAGCCUCUUUACUCCGAGCGAUGGCAACGCAUUUACACGCACACCAAUCUUGGCCGAAGAGCUAGGAUCAGAUACACCCACGGAUUUCAGCGAGUGUGAGCAAGAGACGCACGGACGCACUUCCGCCUAUUCGCCCGUGCUAGGUCAGCCAUCAGACGCAAGUCGAAUCAGACUCAAUGAAGAAGACGAAGCCUUUAUCAAUAAUCAAGCGUAUUUUUCUGAUCAGCAACGACCCGAGGUUCGGCUUCGCUUCCAACAAUAUUACCAGCGACAUCAGCGCAGUCCUCUCAAAGUCGAGCGAUCUAAGAAGCCCACCAAGACUGGCAAGAUUCGAAAGAAUGCCAAGGUCACGCAGGUUACUUGUAUCCCCUGUGGAAAAGUCGAAUCGUCGUUGCAAAAUAUGGCCCGACACCAGACGACUUGUCUGAAACUAAAGGGCAAAUACCUGUGCGACCAAAAUACCAAUGAUGGCUUGCCAUGCGACCGGAUGUAUUGUAAUAAAGAGGAGCUUAGCCGUCAUCUAAGAGAUGACCACGAAGUCUACGAGCGUCUUAUGAAGAAGCCUUUGAGAGCUUCUGCAAGUCAGGAAAUUCCCUCACCUUCUCCUGGAGGGAAUAAUUUUGCCCAGAUGAUCACGUCGCCUGACAAGAGAAGUCGCAUUAGAACCCCUACCCCACCGUUGCGACCCUUUAAAAAGUCGAGAAAGGACGUCGACUCGCGAGCUGUGCUCAUAUCCCAACUAAUUGAGGAGGAGGAUUCCGACGAUAGGCUUGUGGAUCGCAUAUACCAUCCCAUCCCUCAAAGGAAUUUCCUCAUUCCGGAGGCUACCCUUAUGGAACCGGACCAAGAACCACCAAAUUCGACAUUGAAGAAGACUUGCGAAGCACUGCUUGCUGCAUUGAUUCCUUUGUGCGCAAUGAUGUGA